GUUAACAAUAAACAUCCUCUCCUCAAAAACAAUCAUUAACCGAUUUCUCACAUUGCAGUGUUCAUUGUUAUAAGUUCGGUCUACUCAAAAGAUAUAACUUUGUCAGGAUGAUUAUUUAAAGAGCUAUAUAAUAUACAGUAUAACAUAACUAUUGUGGCUGGUGAGAAAAUCAAAAUGUCUUGCAAUUAUGCCGAUGGACUAUCACCCUAUGAAAACAAAGGAGUAUUAGGAUUGGAAGAAAAAUUUGACAGUGAAGAAGAGGUGGCUGAAAAGGUUUCCAAACUUGCUGAAUGGAUCUCAGAGGCUCGCCAUGUUGUGGUUCAUACAGGUGCUGGCAUAAGCACUUCAGCUGGAAUUCCUGACUUCAGAGGCCCAAAAGGGGUUUGGACUUUGGAAGCUAAAGGAGAGAAGCCAGAUAUAAACAUAUCAUUCAACGAUGCCAUUCCUACCAAAACUCACAUGGCGUUGGCCAAGCUUGUUGAAGUUGGGAAAGUGCAAUAUAUAGUGAGUCAGAACAUUGAUGGACUUCAUCUAAGAUCUGGUCUUCCUCGGAAAAAUCUUGCAGAACUGCACGGGAACAUGUUUAUCGAGCAGUGUGCCUUAUGUAACCGACAGUUUGUGAGGAAUGGUGCUACUUCGAGUGUUGGACAGAAGUGUUUGCUGAAGCCAUGCCCCACGUCACGGCUCAAUGGACGUCCGUGUCGUGGCCGGCUGCAUGACACAAUACUGGACUGGGAGGCGAGCCUGCCAGAGAACGACUUGGGAAUGGCUGAUUUCCACUCAUGUGUAGCAGAUCUGUGUAUAAGUUUGGGCACAACACUACAGAUCCUACCUAGCGGCAAUCUGCCCUUGCACACCAAGAAGUACAACAGCGGACGACUCGCCAUCUGCAACCUGCAACCCACCAAGCACGAUCGGAAAGCUGACAUGUUGAUCCAUGCGUAUGUGGAUGACAUCUUGGUGAAGCUGAUGGAACAGCUGGGAUUGGACAUCCCAGAGUACUCUCGUCUCAACGAUCCUACGCUGACACGUCGGGGUCGUCCCAUGGAGUGGACUAUCCUGGACAGUGAGGUAGCUGCCAUGCGGAGAAUGUAUGAGAAAACUUGCUGUCGAGGAAAGAAGAAAAGGCCAGAAAAAGAGAAAAUUUCCUCUAAGAAAAUCAAAAGAGAACCUGAAUUCAAGUGUGAAGAUAAACUUGCAGACAUCAAAACAGACAGUGAAUUUACAAAAAUUGAAAUCAAAGUUGAGAAGAAAGAAAGUGAUACUGGUUGAAACUUAGGGAUUUCUGAACUGUGAGUUUUAAACAAAUGCAAUUCAAACAAAUAUUCUUUGUCAUGUAGCACUAGGAAGAUAUGACAUAAAGGACUAAAUAUUAAUUUUUAUUUUUAAUAAUUUACAAAGGUUUAGAAAAUCUCUGAAUAUAAAAAUUAUAGGAAGGUAGCUUUAUUAUAAAACUAAUCAAAUCAAUCAUAUUCCUUAGAGUUAAAAGACUGUAUUUUGUAAUGUAUUUUAAUUUUUAAAUGUUGCAUGUGUUUUUAACUUAGUUAUUAAGAUAAAUAAUUUGUUUUUAGAUUAUUUUCAGUUGAAAUAAGUGAUAUAGCACGGUGCAUUAUUAAUAUUAUUUCUUAUCAGUAUUUUUGUAGUUGUAAGUGUAGAAAUAAAAAAAAUUGUCAUCUAGUCCCUUUUGUAGCAUUUUGGAUCUGCUUCUCUCAUGAUCUCUUGUUGGAUCAUCUUUAGGAUUUAUCCUCAUGAAAAUAACUGAUAUCAAAACAUUUUGCAUAAGGUUGAUCCUAAAAUUGUUGUAUGGCCUGUCAGAGAAGGUCCUGCCACCACAUUAGAAAUGUAUGCUCCUAUUGACAUUCUUAUUUUGAGCUUCUUUACAAAUUUGCUACAAUUUAUUUGGUAAUUAAAAAACCUGUUAGUUUUUAUGUUUCAUAGAGCAACAGAGCUCUCUGAGGUCCAUGAAUAUGGCAAUUUCCUUUUAGUAAGGGUUUCAAAUAGUGUUUUGUUGUUGUUAAAACUAUUAGCUUUACCCUUACCUUGGAACAGGGUAUGAGUCGUAAAUUAUACAAAAUAUACAGGUAUUAUUAAUAAUUUUAACAUUUUACAUAUUCUCCAUGAUAAAAGGCAUCAUUGCAGGAAUAAUAAACUCACCAACAAAUUUUACAAUACUCCAUCUGGUUUGUGCCAAUCAUUUUUACAGUGUAGCGAUAGACCUUUUACUGUGGAUGAAGACUUUGACUUUGGUGAAUAACUUUAAGUCCUAAGGAGUAUUAAAUCCAAAAUAAGAAACCUUCUUAGUCAUAUUUCAGAAGUGUCCAGGCAGACGGAUGUUUGGUUUGAUAAUGCACAAUGGACAUGUAUUUAUUUUUACCAAUUUACAUUUCUAGAUUAGGGAAAUCAAGAAAAGACCACCCAAGGAUUUUUUGUAAAUAUCAAUAUCUAAAAAAAUAUUGAUCCUUUUGUCUAUCUAUAUACUUACUACAAAAAGGUUUUUCUCUGUAACCCCCUUUUUUCCUACUUAACCGCUUUUUACAAUAGUAUUUUAAAGCUUAUGACAAAUGUAGGGAGGAAUGGUAACUAAAAGGUAAUUUCCUUUAGGGCUUUGCCUCAUAGAUUUAUUUCUAGAGCUCGCUUUCAAAGAUCCAUUGAUGAUGAUGACCCACUUUCUUUAUAAAAAUUGAAAUGUAAACUGUAAUUUUCUCAGCUUUAUUUUAAAUUGGCAACUUUCAUUGAUAAUUGCCAUAAUAUUAGUUUAUGUGUCAAAUUGUAAGUGUAAAUCUGUAAUCGUACUUUAUGGUGUACAUUUACAAUCAACACAUUUAAUAUAUUUUUAACUUAAUAACUGUGUUAAAAAAACAUAAUCAUUGAAAAGUAAAGGAUGAUAUUGUGUUAUUUGUUUGCCUCAAAAACAAGUUUUAAGCCCUAUUAGAGUAAAAAGCUUGUGUCAGGUCCCCUAGACUGUAUUACAGUCUUGUAAUAGUAGACACAAUCAUCAAAGUCAAUCCUUUAAUCAACAUUAUAACUUUUGAACAAUUCUAUCACUACUAGUAGGGUGAUAAAUAAUAUAAAUAAACAAUUAAAGUAAUAUUACGAACAACCUUUCGUGUAGUUUUAGUUUAACUAUGAGAGAAUCAGGUAGUAUAAAAUAUAAAACUAAAUGUGAGAAUAAUUAAUUAAUAUAAUUAAUAUUUACAGUCCAGUUUUACCAUAAAUGAAUUGCUUUCUGAAUUUUGUGAUGAAAAAUGUUUAAAGACAGAGUACGUACACUAAUGCAUGUCAAAUGAUUUUUGAACUAUGUGUUACUAAUUGAUGUUAAAAGAAUAUGC